AUGGGCAGACACCGUGAAGCUCAGCCAGACGGGGCCCUGCGUCACCACCACGAGGAGCACUUCCAUCUGAACGAGCUCGAGACGCACCUCGUGGCCGCGUCGGGCGAGUUCGUCGGCACCUUCUUCUUCCUGUUCUUCGGCUACGCGGGCCACCUGAUGGUGGUUGACCUGGCGUCCCAGACGCCCGGUGCCAGUGCCAUCAUCUACAUCUCGCUCGCCUACUCCAUGUCGCUGCUGGUCAGCGUCUGGGCCUUCUAUCGGAUCAGCGGUGGCUUGUUCAACCCUGCGGUCACACUGGGCAUGUGCACCGCAGGCCAGCUCCCCUGGAAGCGCGGAGCAUUUCUCUUCCUAACGCAACUCAUCGCGUGCAUGGUCGCCGGCGGAGUCGUCAAGGUGCUCUUCCCGGGCGACAUGGCCUCGAUCAACACGCUGCUGGUCCCCGGCGUCAACACCGCGCAGGGCCUCUUUUCCGAGAUGUUCUUCACGUCGUUCCUCGUCUUCGUCGUGCUCAUGCUCGCGGCCGAGAAGUCGAAGGACACGUUCAUCGCGCCCGUCGGUAUCGGGCUCGCUCUGUUCGUGGCCGAGAUACCUGGCGUCUACUUCACCGGCGGUUCACUGAACCCGGCGAGGAGCUUCGGCUGUGCCGUAGCCGCGCCGUCAUUCCCCCACUACCACUGGAUAUACUGGCUCGGCCCUGCGAUGGGAGGUGUACUCGCGGCUAUAUAUUUCCGCUUCGUCAAGGCCUGCCAUUACGAGGAGGCCAACCCGGGGCAGGAUGCGUCGCAGCCGUCUUCCGAUGUUGGCGAAGUUUGA